AUGGUUGACAUCGCUUCAUUUGGCAGCUGGAUCCCGCAAUUGCCAGGUAUCUUACCAAAAUGGCUGCUGUUCAUCUCAGUUGUGUCCAUAUUCAACUCCUUCCAGUGUUACACCUCGGGCCUGGCUCUUACUCAAAGAGUCUAUGAGAACAAACCACAGGAGGUUACACCGCUCUCUGCUAGAACCUUUGGUACUUGGACGUUGAUCUCGAGUGUCAUCAGAUUCUACGGUGCUUACUACUUGAACGUUCCCCAAGUUUAUCAAAUCACCUUUGCCAGUUAUUCCAUUGCGUUCAUACACUUUGGUCUGGAGUGGUUUGUUUACAAGACCGCCAAACUUGGUAAGGGCCUUGCAGGUCCACUCGUCGUCUCCACGAUGACUCUUGUCUGGAUGUGGAACCAGUGGGACUACUACACUUCAUUGUAA